AUGGCGAAAUUUGCUGCUGUGAUGGUCCUGUUUGUACUGGUUCUGGUGCAUGCAAGUGGUCGUGAAGUGCCUAGUGAUUAUGAUGGAGAAGAUGAAGAAACUGUAAUGCAUGAGACUGUUUCAGCUGUGACAAGUGGAAUUAAUGGUGUUGGGGAUGAGAAGAACUUCGUUUAUGGUGUUGGGGUUGGUGGGUUUGCAGGCAUGGGUGGCUAUGUUGGGGCCGGUGGAGCUGGAAUCGGCGGUGUCGCUGGAAUAGGUGGCUUUAAAGGCAUCGCUGGCGGCCUUGGCCACAGGGUCGGUGGCUUUGGUGGAGUUGGCGGCCUUGGCGGCAUAGGUGGCGCCGGUGAUGUUGGAGGACUAGGUGGUGCUGGCGGUACUGGCGGCAUUGGCGGGCUUGGUGGUGCUGGUGGUGGCACUGGUGCAGGCGGCAUUGGAGGGCUUGGUGGUGGUGCUGGCGGCGGUUCUGGUGCCGGCAGCAUUGGUGGUGUUGGUGGUGCUGGCGGCCUUGGUGGUGCAAGUGGCGGCUCUGUUCGCCCUCUCAAUCCUUAG